AUGAUUGACACGGUUCACUUGGUAUUUACUGGUCCUAGCGGUUCUGGGAAGUCCACGAUCAUAGGUCAUGUUUUAUCCAGGUUUCCAUUUGAAUUUUCUGUGUCUCACACAACCAGGGCGCCUAGAGAAGGAGAGGUGAAUGGAAAAGACUAUUACUUCGUGACUGUAAGGGAGUUUGAGGAGAUGGUUAGGGGCCAAGAACUCCUCGAGUAUGUCCGGUAUAACGGAAACUAUUAUGGAACAUCUGCAUCCCAGCUGAAAAACACUCGGAAAACCGUGCUCCUCGACUUGGAGUAUGAUGGUGUUCUGUACUGUAAGAAAAAUUGCCCCAACUUUGUUAUCAUAUACAUUCACUGCGAUAAGGAUGUUGCCCGUGAAAGAUUGGAGAAGAGAAUGGGAAGUGGGCUCAAAAGGGAGAUAGAAGCACGAAUGGACCUUUAUGAGGCAUUUAAUUCGAUAAGAGGCAAAUGCGACUAUGAAGUCGACAACACACAUUCUCUUGAAAAGUCUAAGAAAGAGGUCGAGAAGAUCAUAUCCAAGGUGUUCAUGCUCUGA